AUGCAACAAAUAUAUCUUCAUUUCAUGUUUUUGUCUAGUUUUUUAAUAUUCAUUCAACAAUGGAAUAAAAAUGAUGCUCAGAUAUUUCGCAACAUAUCAGUUUCUAUUAAAAAGCGACUGGAUAAUUUAAUCUCAUCUUUAACAAUAGAGGAAAUUGUUAAUCAAAUGGCAAAUGGUGGCGCAGGUCCAACAUACGGUCCUGCACCAGCCAUUCCUAGACUGCAGAUCAAACCAUAUCAAUGGCGUACAAAUCCAAAUCAAGGUCUUUGCACUUCAUUUAUGAGUCACAUUAACCAAGCUGCCUCGUUUGAUAUACUGGAUGUCUGGAAAAUUGCUUUUGCAAAUGGAUUAGAAAUGCGUGCUAAAUGGAAUAUGUUUAGAAGGCAAAAUAACUACCGUGAUAAUACGGGAAUAAACGUGUUCGCACCGACUGUUAAUCUUCUUCGACAUCCGCUUUGGGGAAGAAAUAAGGAGACUUAUGGGGAAGACCCAUAUUUAGCCGCUGAAUUAGCUAAAGCAUAUGUUCAUGGGAUUGGUGGUUGGGAUGCACCAGAAGUUGAUGUACAUUUACUAAGAACGAAUCCUAUUAAACAACAUGUAAUACUGGUUGGUGCAACUUGUAAACAUUAUGCUGCACAUUCUGGACCAGAAAAUUAUCCUUCUUCAAGGUUAUCUUUUGAGGCUGAUGUCCCGGAACACGAUAUGUGGAUGACAUAUUUUCCUGCUUUUCGUGCAUGUAUGGAAGCUGGAGCUGUUGGAGUUAUGUGUGCCUAUAGUGGAGUGAAUGGCACACCAGCUUGUGUAAAUCACUGGAUGUUAGAUACUGUGCUUCGAAAGCAAUGGAAGUAUCCAGGUUUCGUAGUUAGUGAUGAAGGAGCUUUGCAGUUUUUGGUAUCGAAGCAUCAUACUUAUUCGACUUUAUCAGCAGCUGCUUUAGCUUCAGUUAAAGCUGGUGUAAAUAUAGAAAAUGCUCUACCUAAUGCUGUUAAUGUUUAUUCAGAAUUACUGAAUCUUACAAAGUCUGGUAAUGUAACUGAAGAUGAAUUACGAAAUCUAGUUCGUCCUCUGUUUCUUGCUAGAAUUUUAGAAGGUGAAUUGAAUUCUCCAGAAAUGGAUCCAUACGCUCAUUUGUUGCCCAAUAUGGUUAUUGAUAGUCCAAAACAUAAAUAUUUGUCAAUGGUUACUGCAGCCAAGUCAAUGGUUCUUUUGAAAAACUCUGAAGAAUUCCUUCCACUUAAAACGAAUCUGGACCCAAAUCAACACCUGGUGAAACACGUUGCGAUACUUGGACCUUUUUCAAAAAAUAUCAGUGAACUGAUUGGAAGCUAUAAUACACGAAUUGACCCGGCCAAAACAGUCCCCCUAGAUAAAGCUCUUGAAGAAAUAAGUGACAAUGUUACUGCUUCAGAUAUCUGCAUUGAUGGUGGAAAGUGUACCGUGUAUGAUGAUUCAGCUAUUCAAGAAAUACUUUCUCAACCAGAUAUUGAUCUUGUCAUCAUCACCGUCGGUACAGGACGAAAUGUUGAAGAUGAAGCACAUGAUAGACACAAUCUGAAUUUACCUGGACAUCAGAAUGAACUUUUACUAAGUGCAUUAGAUAUGGCCGCAGGUCGGGGUGUAGUUAGGCGCCAGCCUAUUCCUGUAGUUUUAUUAGUCUUUACCUCUGGACCAAUUGAUAUUGAGGCAGCAGUAGAAGAUGAAAAUGUUAAAUCCAUAUUUUGGUGUGGUUAUAUGAAUGAUAUACUCGGUGAAGUAAUAGUUCGUGUAAUGAUGGGAAAUCCCGGUAAACCACUUGGACCAUACUCACCGUUAUUACAGCUGGAUCCUGAAUUAUCUGAAAUCGGUGCGUGGGGUACGGAUGUGAAUGCAGGUUAUUGGUGGAUACCAGCGGCCAGAUUACCAUUUACUUGGUAUGCAUCAAUCGAUCAUUUGGCCAAUAUAACUACAUAUAAAAUGACAAAUCAAACCUAUCGUUACUUGCCAAAAUCUUGUACGAAAAAGCAAAUUUCUUGUAAAAUACCAAUUUUGUAUCCAUUCGGCUACGGAUUAUCAUAUAAUAUGCUGUCUCCUUCACAUAGUGGUAUUCAAUAUUUAAAAAUGGAGUUACCAUUGUCUACAGUCAAGCCAAAUCAGCCAAUAACUGUUUAUGCAGUGGUAGCUAACAUAGGAGCUAUUGCAUGUGAAGAAGUAGUGCAAGUUUAUAUCCAAUGGGUAAAUUGUGGGCAAACUGAUAUAUUUAACGAAGAUCAAUGGGAAUGCACUACACCUAAUAUCCAGUUGGCUGGUUUUAAACGUAUUCGACUUACUGUCGGUGAAAAGAAAAAUCUUCACUUCCAAAUAUCAGCAGAUCAGUUAAACGUGUGGUCCAACCAAAAUAAAACUAUGGUUCCUGGUCAAGGCACUCUUCGCAUCACCGUUGGAGGACAGCAACCUGAUCAACCGGUUACAGUUGGAUCCAACCUUUUGAUUGGUGUAGUUAAAAUAAAUCACAAAAAACGGUCAUAUGGUUAA